CCAGCAUGUGUUGCAGAGAAAGGCCAAACGGGAUUCUCAAUUGAUUGCCAACGUGUUGUAGAAAGAUUAGCUCUCCAGCCAGAAGUUUCCCGGCCUUCACACGUGCUUUCGCCAUGCCUUCCCGUUGCCGGCGAUUGAUGGCUAUGCUGGCUUUGGUGGCCCUCGUCGUCCUAGCCUUCGUGGCAGGCGUUGCAGACAGAGGGAAUCAGAAUCUGACUCUCUACUACAAUCCAGGGACUGAGUCGUCAGUUUGUCGAAGGCAGCGCGAAGCGGCUGCGGAAAUGUCGGCGGCCGCGUACCGAAUGCGACAGGCCGCGAGGGAACAGAUGUUAGCGGCAGAGGCCGCGGAGCGAGCGGCAACGGCCAAGCAGAAAGAGUGGGAGGCUAAGCAAGAGCUGGAGGCAAAGAAGCGACAAACAAUGAUAAUACGAAUAGCCCAAGCAGCAGUUGGCCUGGCUGGCUUAAAGGUUUUGACCGCAAUGCGCCAAACCUUCAUCGAGUUUCAGAGGGCACAGAAGCAGGCAUACAUGAACUUCCUAAGGGAACAGAAAAAGAAAGAGGAGAUGGACAAAAAGGAGCUGGACCACAAGGCAGAAAUGUACUGGUGGAAGAAAGCCAACUCUGUCAUUGAGAUGUUCACCAAUGCAAUUUGCAAACUUGUUUCAUUGGCGGUUCUUGUUUACGUGGCUUGCCGUCAUUUCUGUUCCAGUGUCCACAAUCAAAAUCAUCAGAAUGCCAUAGUGGAUCAACAGGGUCGCUUGGCUUUGCCUUAUUAGUAGCAUGACAUGACAGAGCUUAAGAUCCCUCUCACGAAUGAAUGUUCACUCAAAC